CCGGGGAGCAUGUAGUCUAUAUCCUUUCUCCUGCUACAUGCGAAACUCUCUUAGUAUAGGAAGCCAGUCAGCCCUCUUUAUCGUAUAAUGAGUUCAAGCCAAUCCGGUUUCCGAGAGCGAACGGGGGAAUUCAGUCACCACUCCGAGUACAAACCCAACGACGAAUACAACAACCACUCGAAAAGUCUCAUCGACGGCGGUAUUUAUUUCCAUGUAUACGAGUAUCCGGAUGAGCGAAUUCCAGCGAAGCCAAACAACUGGGAAGAGAUCAAUCAACGAUUGGCACAACGUCGACCCUCUCUUUCUCCCUUUGCUUUUACCGACGAGGCGCAUGGCAGGUUUGUACGAGCUGACGCCCACGCCGCAAAAGAGAAACAAGUAUCGGAAUCAGGGAUUCCAAUUAUUGAAGGCGAGAUCGAGGACGCCAGAUGCCGAUCGGGAGGAAUCCCGUUCACCAAUCUCGAUUAUCUGACGGAUGACGCGAUUGUGCCGGGAAACCCAGACAUCUACUAUGGGGCGCGCCCGGAACAGCUCAACCGUCAGGUCCGCGAUGGACUCGGUGGCCAUAUUGUCCCAUCUACGCAACAUGAUCUCCCCAUAUUGCCUAACUUUAUGUUAGAGGCCAAGGAAUCAGGCGGAUCAGCUGCUGUCGCUAAACGACAGGCCAGCCACGGUGGUGCAUUUGGGGCAAGAGGCACGCAAAGUCUACUAUCAUAUGGACGAGAUGAACGGAAUGCAAGAGGCUGGGCAAGAGAGCAUAUGGACGGGGUAAUUCAUGAAGCAAACACAAGAGCAAGUGGAACUCAAGCCGUUAUGAAAGCUGUCGAUGUGAGCUUUGUAAGCGAAACCUCUAUGGUAGUGUCUGACAGGCUCUACACAAUCUGUCAAAUGAAAAAUCACCUGAUUUUGGUAGGGGAUAGGUCCCAUCAGCAAAAUGGAGGGAAUUCCAUCACUGAGGAAAAUAGAUCUAGGAUGUGGGGGUUAUCAGGUUGUCCCCUCUUGCUUCCCCAAAAGAUUCCGGAACACCCUUGUAGGUGCCGGAAGCAUCAAGGCCCAACCAGCACUGAAUCACAGUCCAUUGUUAAGAAUGACCGUGUCAACAGAAAGUAUGUCGGAUUAAUCAACGGGAUGGGCCAACCCACAGUGCCCACGGGUAACUGGUGUUUGUGA